AUGGCCUCCCUGGAUCCAAUGCUGGCGGCGCUAUCUACCGUCCCAGCAAACACGAACUUGGCAAGGAACCCCGAUACCCAUGGACGACUAGGAGAUAUUCCGAACCAAACCGAUUCAAACCAAUCAAUCGGCAAUAAUUCCAAUCAGCCCAGAGGGAAUGACGAAGAACCCGACGAAACCGAAAAAUGUUCCAAAUCUAGUCAUUACCAGGAGCACGAGGAUGUUGAACUGUGCAAGGCCUGGAUUUCUAUAACUGAAGACUCACGAAUUGGUACCGAUCAAAGUGCGGCGACGUUUUGGGGUCGAAUCCACAACAUCUACAGCAAAUCAAUCUCGGCACCCAAACAACCCCAGAAGAGCUUGAAGAGUCGAUGGGGCUUAAUCCAAAAAGACAUCAACAAAUUCCGAGCGUGUGUGAUUCAAGUGGAGAACAUGAAUCAGAGUGGAGCCUCCUUGGAAGACCACCUGAACAUGGCACUCGAACUUUUCAGCCAGGAUCAAGGUACUACUUUUUCUCAUCUUCGUUGCUACAACAUACUUGUCAAGUGCCCAAAGUGGCAUGACCACUUUCGACAAAGCAUCGCAAAGGAUCGAUCCAAGAAACGAGCAAGAAGCCCGAGCAGCAAUGUGCCUCAAUCACUACCUACAUCUGAACCGGCUGGAACGGCUGACAAGGGAUCGGUUUCGACGACAACCCCAGCGGAUUCCGAGUCGACCGACCGUCCAAUGGGCAAGAAGAAGGCAAAAGCCCUUCACCGAUCCAAAGUAGACGGAUCCGAAGACUGGAAAGACGAAACAGAACGAUAUUGCGGGAGACCGAGGCCCAAUCAAUGA